AUGGCGCUGCGGCGGGGCGGCGGCGGGGCGCCGGGACGGCUGCUGUUGCUGCUGGGAGCCGCGUGCCUGAUCCCGCCGAGCGCGCAGGUGAGGCGGCUGGCGCGCUGCCCCGCCACUUGCAGCUGUACCAAGGAGUCCAUCAUCUGCGUGGGCUCCUCCUGGGUGCCCAGGAUCGUGCCGGGCGACAUCAGCUCCCUGAGCCUGGUAAAUGGAACGUUCUCGGAAAUCAAGGACCGAAUGUUUUCUCAUCUGCCUUCCCUGCAGCUGCUAUUGCUGAAUUCUAACUCAUUCACAGUCAUCCGGGACGAUGCUUUUGCUGGACUUUUUCAUCUUGAAUACCUGUUCAUUGAAGGGAACAAAAUAGAAACCAUUUCAAGAAACGCCUUCCGUGGCCUUCGUGACCUGACUCACCUUUCUUUGGCCAAUAAUCACAUAAAAGCACUCCCAAGGGAUGUCUUCAGUGAUUUAGACUCUCUGAUUGAACUAGAUUUAAGGGGCAAUAAGUUUGAAUGUGACUGCAAAGCCAAGUGGUUGUAUCUGUGGUUGAAGAUGACAAAUUCCACUGUUUCUGAUGUCCUGUGUAUCGGUCCACCAGAAUAUCAGGAAAAGAAGCUGAAUGACGUGACCAGCUUUGACUACGAAUGCACAACUACAGAUUUUGUUGUUCAUCAGACUCUGCCCUACCAGUCGGUUUCAGUGGAUACGUUCAACUCCAAGAAUGAUGUGUACGUGGCCAUCGCUCAGCCCAGCAUGGAGAACUGCAUGGUGCUGGAGUGGGACCACAUCGAAAUGAAUUUCCGGAGCUAUGACAAUAUUACAGGUCAGUCCAUCGUGGGCUGUAAGGCCAUCCUCAUCGACGACCAGGUCUUUGUGGUGGUGGCCCAGCUCUUCGGCGGCUCUCACAUUUACAGAUACGACGAGAGCUGGACCAAGUUUGUCAAAUUCCAGGACAUAGAAGUCUCUCGCAUUUCCAAGCCCAACGACAUCGAGCUGUUUCAGAUCGAGGACGAGAAGUUCUUUGUCAUCGCAGACAGCUCCAAAGCCGGUCUGUCGACCGUGUACAAGUGGAACAGCAAAGGAUUCUACUCGUACCAGUCUCUGCACGAGUGGUUCAGGGACACGGACGCCGAGUUUGUUGAAAUAGACGGCAAAUCACACCUGAUCCUAUCCAGCCGCUCCCAGGUCCCCAUCAUCCUCCAGUGGAAUAAAAGCUCUAAGAAGUUUGUCCCCCACAGCGACAUCCCCAACAUGGAAGAUGUGCUGGCCGUGAAGAGCUUCAGGAUGCAGAACGCCCUCUACCUUUCCCUCACCCGCUUCAUCGGGGACUCUAGGGUCAUGCGGUGGAAUAGCAAGCAGUUUGUGGAGAUCCAGGCUCUCCCAUCCCGGGGGGCCAUGACCCUGCAGCCCUUUUCUUUUAAAGAGAAUCACUACCUGGCCCUGGGGAGUGACUAUACGUUCUCCCAGAUAUACCAGUGGGAUAAAGAGAAGCAGCUCUUCAAAAAAUUCAAGGAGAUUUAUGUGCAGGCGCCUCGUUCCUUCACAGCCGUCUCCACUGACAGGAGAGAUUUCUUUUUUGCAUCCAGUUUCAAAGGGAAAACAAAGAUUUUUGAACACAUAAUUGUUGACUUAAGUUUGUGAAGGUGUGAUUGGUGAAUUCAAAAGACGCGUAGCUUUAGCUGUCACAAGAGAGGACCAAGGGGGGAAAAGAAAGCCAGGUUCACAGGUCUGAAAUUACAAAUGCACUGGGGAAAUAGAAGUUUUCAAACUUUUAGAACUCAUAUUUUAAUCAGGGAUUGCAUUUAUUGGCUAACUGCAUGACAUGUCCAUUCUCCCACUUAAAAAGACAUCUGAAAGCCUGUAAUUACUGAGAAAGGAGUACAACGUUAACUCUUACCAUCUAGGGAAAUAAUGUGCCUUUUUUUCUUUUUAAUGAGGAAGGAGAAAAUCGGAUAAGAUGGGACAGCUCUUAUAAUGAAA